AUGGUCUGUCAAGCUUCUGAUUGCGUAUGUGCUCAAAAAUCCACAUGUUCCUGUGGCGCCAAACCUGCCUUAGAAUGUAACUGUUCUAAAGCUCCAGUUGAAAACGUCAAGCCAACUGCCUCUGAAGCAUGUCCAUGUGGUAAGAGAUUAAAGGGUAAGUGUUCAUGUGGUGCUCAGCCAUGUGAAGCUAGAGAAGGUGAAAUCGACUUCACCAACUCCAUGUAA